AAUGAUCAAUUAAAUCUUAGAUCCCAUUUUCUUCCUUCUUCGUCUUCGUCAAUCUUCCCUUAAUAAAUCCAACCCAAUAAUUCCCUCUGGAUUUUCAGAAUCAAUUCUCCUCUCCAAAACCCUAACAAUGGCUGACCCAGUUGCGGAAGUUUGGCCUUCUGAUCAAAACCCUAAUUCCACUACUUACGCUUCCGAAUUUGAUUCCCUCCAAAUUCCGCCUCUCGACUCUCUUUUUUUCUCCGAUGCCAAUUCUGCCGCCCCUGCUGACCCCUUUGUUUAUUCCACGCCUUCCAAUUUGGGAUUCGAGGAAAAUGACGAUUUUGAGCUCACUUUUGAUGAUCUUGACGACCUUUACCUCCCAUCUGAGGCUGACGAUUUCCUCAUCUUGGAGAAUUUGGAUCAAACUACCAAUUCGCAGGAUUCGGCUACUCAUGUUCCGCCCCAGCCUGCCCGGGAUGCUUCUGCUGACGGCGCUGGUGUUCGCGUUUGCAGUUCUGAAGCGUCCCCGGGAUCGGGGAGCUCUGCGGUUUCUUGUGAGCAGUCUCCCAUUGACUGUAAGUUUAUUAACUCUCAAUCUUCGAAAAUACCAACUGCGGAUAGCGGUUGCUUUUCGACUGAUUCCGGGGGUUGGGACUCAAAGGAUCCGAGGAUUGUGAAUUGUCCCUCUCCGGAGCAUAGUGGUGGUAGUGAACAGGAGUUCUCAGGCGAGCCGGCGUCGUCUCAAGGCUCGGGUUCUGGAAAUUGCGGUUCCGGCGUCUCUGAAGGGAUAACUUGCCCAUCUUCCAAUGGGGAGUAUUACGAUGUCAUUGUCGAUCAGAAGAUUAAAUCAGAGGAAAUAGGGAAAAUUUGCAUGCCGAAGAGGAAGAAAGACCUGGAUGAAGGAAACCCGGAUUUGAGAUCUGCCAAGUAUCGAAGGUCAUCUGAACCUGUAGAAAGUUCCAAUCCCCAAUUGAGUUCCUGUGCUCUAAAUGAGGAUGAAGAGAAGAGGAAGGCGAGGUUGAUGAGGAAUAGAGAGAGUGCGCAGCUUUCCAGGCAGAGGAAGAAGCAUUAUGUGGAGGAGUUGGAGGAUAAAUUGAGAGCUAUGCAUUCAACCAUUGCUGAAUUGAAUAGUAAGAUAUCAUAUGUGAUGGCUGAGAAUGCAGGGCUGAGACAGCAGCUGAGUGGUAGUGGUAUGUGUCAGCCUCCUCCUCCUGGUAUGUAUCCUCAUCCCUCAAUGGCCCCAAUGUCUUAUCCGUGGAUGCCAUGUCCUCCGUAUGUUGUUAAACCGCAAGGGUCUCAGGUCCCUCUGGUUCCAAUUCCGAGAUUAAAGCCCCAACAGCCGGCCCCUGCAGCAAAGGGGAAAAGGAAUGUGAGUAAGAAGGCUGAGGGAAGAACUAAGAAGGUUGCGAGUGUUAGUUUUCUGGGUCUGUUGUUCUUUAUUAUGCUUUUUGGUGGUCUAGUUCCUAUAGUGAAUCUCAGAUUUAGAAAUGUUGGAGUUCCUGGCACGUUAGCAUUUGUUGGUGAUAGGUUAUACAAUCAAAACCGUGGAAGGGUUUUGAGAGUCGAUAAGUAUUCGAAUUUAUCUAAUGGUGUGAAUGUAGGAACUCCUCGCGGGAAAUCUGAUACUUUGAACCUCUUACAAUGUGAGGAAAUUCAUAGGAAAGGGCGAGACUUGAAAUUCGAUCAACAACGAAAAGGAUCGCAGCAUAUGCAUGAUUCAGAUGAGUCUAGUAAGCUUGGAAAUGCUAGUGAACCUCUUGUUGCUUCUUUAUACGUCCCAAGGAAUGACAAGUUAGUGAAGAUUGAUGGAAACUUAAUAAUCCAUUCUUUCCUGGCAAGCGAGAAAGCUAUGGCCUCCAGCAGGGCUUCUGAUAAGGACAAGAGUAGGGAGACUGGACUUGCGAUUCCUAGAGAUCUUAGUCCAGCCAUCACCAUCCCCAACAUCAGGGAAAGUGGUGGUAAACAUCCUCAUCCGUAUAGAAAUCCUGCCGAACAGCCAAAGGCACUUACUUCAGGUUCAGCCAACAAUUUAAAGGACCAUAUCAAGGCGACCGCAGCUGAUGGUAAACUCCAACAGUGGUUCCGAGAAGGUCUUGCAGGACCGAUGUUGAGUUCUGGCUUGUGCACCGAAGUGUUCCAGUUCGACGUUUCCUCAACAUCUCCAGGAGCAAUAAUUCCAGCAUCGUCAAUUGCCAAUACUUCUGGAACGCAUCGUAAGAAUGCUACUCAACUGAAUAAGGGAAGGAAUAGGAGAAUCCUGGGUGGUCUUCCAGUUCCCCUAGGUGGAUCAAGUUUCAACAUCACAGAAGAACCUGUUGGAAACCCACGCAAAGACAGCUUUCCAGGUAACAACAAAACAGCUUCGUCUAUCGUAGUUUCUGUGCUCAUUGAUCCAAGGGAAGCUGGGGACAGUGAAGUUGACGGUGUGAUAACGCCGAAGUCGAUUUCGAGAAUAUUUGUCGUUGUGUUGCUGGAUAGUGUCAAGUAUGUCACGUAUUCAUGUGUCCUCCCACGCUCGGGUCCUCACCUUGUGUCUACUUAAAACUUGGAAACCAUUUGGGGGCCGUAGGAAGUUCUGCCAAUUGAUCUGUAUACCACACAUUUUUGUACAUAAACAGUGCAAUUUGGCGGGCUUAAGUAACAACUUUGCGAUCAUGACUUCGAAUUUCCCUUGUAAUGCUUAACUCUUAGAAUUAGUUUAGUUAGAGUGAAGUACGUAGGUUUUGUUUCAAUCCUCAGUCAUGAAACAGAAGUGGUAGAAACUCGAAUAUUUGAAUGAAUACUAUUUAACUAUCUACAUACAUUAUA